AUGGAAAAAGAAGACGAUCCGUAUGAGGUCUUGGGUGUGCCAUAUGAUGCAUCUGAAGGAGACAUUAAGAAAGCUUAUCGCAAGGCUGCCCUGAAGUAUCACCCUGAUCGUCAGAAUACAGAAGAAGAUAAACAGAAUGCUCAUGAUGUAUUUUCAAAGAUAUCAGGAGCAUAUACGAUAUUGACAGAUCCAGUCAAACGAUACGACUGGAAAUCAGCAAAUGAACACAAGAUAAAGGGCGGAGGUUCAUCAUCCUCAUCUACAACAACUUCUAGCACCCCAUCAACAACGACAUCGUCAGCCUCUUCUGUACGACGAUCAUCAGCAGCUCCAGCUCCGCGCCCCGCCUCUUUUGCGUCACCUGUGGGACAAAGAAGGACUACAGCCGGAAUGGCUCGACCGAGUCCUGCACAGAGACCGAGAAGUAGUGUGGUUGGCAAGUCUCCAAUGCCUGGCCGAGCCCCAAGGACUGCAAGGGCUAACGCACCGCCGCCACCUGCAGCAAGAGGAAGGGGGCCCAUGCCUGGUAGAGCUCCCGCACCUGGCAGGGGAAGAGGACCAGGACCUGCGCCAGGGAGAGCAGGACGAAUGCCUGCGAGAGGAGGCAGUGCCAGUUUCAGAGGAAUUCCGUCAAACGAUCUUCGGCACUCCAUGCAUGGAACCGGCCAACGACGAGUUAUUGGUGGUAGCCAACGAGAUCUCACUGGAAGAGGCAGGCCCCAUGCUACGCAGCAGCCAAAUCGAGUCUUGUCCAAUCCAAACAACAACCGAGCGAAAUCUCCAGUCCGGGCAUCACCUGGAUCCCUCUCAUCACGAAGAACGCCGGUGAGGCCAUCAGCAGCAACGAGAGGAAGAAUGCCAGGAGCACCGUCACUGGAUGAUGAUGACCAUUCCGUCGGGUCUUCGAGAAGUGCGGGAGGCCGAAGAGGUUCCUCAGCAUCUCCUGUUGCCGGUCGAAAGGGAGCUGAAAAAUUGGAAUCACGAGUAGCGCGAGGUGGUCGAAAACGUCCCGAGGGCAGUCAAGUCCAGAAGAAGUGCCACCCUCCACUGGUAGCCUACGAGCGGCUGGUGAAUCGACACUUUGGUGCUGAAUAUCUUGAAGAGGAAGGCAAAUCAGGUUUCUUCAAAAAGGCCAUUGAAAUUGAGGCCAAACCGCUGCUGGACAAUACAGACCCACUGGCCGUCACGAGUAUUUCUACGAAGACUACCAUCGAAAAGAAGGAUGGACUUUAUGAAGUGAAGACGAUCACCAAAGUCAAGCGAUUGGACGGUUCUGUCGAUCUUGAUACCAAGACAUCAAUAGUGGAGAAGGAAGAAACCAAAAAUCUUCCAAAAGACUUGAAUCUUAAAAUCACGAGAAAGGUGGAAAUGCGAGACUUGAAGAAGGAAGAAAAGAAGCGAGAGGAGGAAAAGAAAAAGGCCGAGAAGGAGGAAAAGAAACGAGAACAAGAACGACUGAAAGAAGAGAAAAAGAUUGCCCAGAAAUAUGAAAUGGAAGAGCGGAAAAAGGCGGAAAAGAGAUUGGAGGAACAAAUGAUGAACGAUUCAAUGAAGAGUGACGCCUUUGAAAAGAGCAGCAGCGCCUUUGAAAAGAGUAGCAACGCCUUUGAGAAGAGCGGUGCCUUUGAUCAUAGCCAGGAUGCCAGUGAAGGUUUUUUGGAGGAAUCCACAAGCUUUGAUGCCAGUGGUAAUCUAGACGACGGCACAAGUACAAAGAAGAAGAAGAAAAAAAAGAAGAAAAAGCCUGUAGAGGAUGGCGACGAGGAAGAGGAGGAGGGAACUGUGACGUCCAAGAAGAAAAAGAAAAAGAAGAAAAAGAAGCCCGUGGAUGGAGAUGAAGACGCUGAACAGGACGAUGAAAAUAUCGACGGGGAAGAGGAGACAGUGACUACGAAGAAAAAAAAGAAAAAGAAGAAAAAGAAAAAGAGCGAAGAUGAAAGUGAAGACGUUGCGGAAGGCGACGAAGGUGAAGAGAAUGAGGGGAACGAUGAGAACGAAGAUAACGAAGAGGAGGAGCCGGAGAAAUCGGAGAGGGGAAUGGAUCCAUAG